UUAACUGUUCACUGCUUUGCUAAAGAUAUCGUUCAACUCUGUCUCCUGUUAUGCGUAUCCGGAACCUUCGAAGGGGGAAGACCUUAACGGGAGGACACUGGUGCAAAGAUGGCAGACGUACCAGAAGACGCACCAGAACACUGCCCAGGUACAACAAGUGAGCAAGCAGGAAAGUCAUCGUCAUGUCAGGGCUGUCCCAACCAGAAACUGUGUGCUUCUGGAGCCACCAAGGCCCCCGACCCUGCCAUAGCAGAGAUAGGAGAGAAGUUGUCAGCAGUCAAACACAAGAUCCUCGUGCUGUCUGGGAAAGGAGGAGUAGGGAAGAGUACCUUCAGCGCUCACUUGGCUCACGCCCUGGCAAGUGACAGCACGAAGGAGGUUGCUCUGCUGGACGUAGAUAUCUGUGGUCCAUCAAUUCCUAGGAUCAUGGGCUUAGAGGGAGAACAGGUUCACCAGAGCGGCUCAGGCUGGUCUCCUGUGUAUGUGGACGACAACCUGGCAGUCAUGUCUAUUGGCUUCCUGCUCAGUAGCCCUGAUGAUGCUGUGAUCUGGAGAGGACCCAAGAAGAAUGGGAUGAUCAAGCAGUUUUUGAGAGAUGUUGACUGGGGUGAAUUGGAUUACCUUAUCGUGGACACUCCCCCGGGCACCUCUGAUGAACACCUGUCAAUUGUCCAAUACUUAAGCUCCACCCACAUCGAUGGAGCCGUCAUCAUCACCACACCACAGGAGGUAUCGUUGCAGGAUGUGCGUAAGGAGAUAAGGUUCUGUCAGAAGGUCAAACUGCCGAUCAUUGGAGUGGUGGAGAACAUGAGUGGCUUCGUGUGUCCCAAAUGCAAGAACACAUCACAGAUCUUCCCUCCCACCAGUGGGGGAGCUGAGCAGAUGUGUGCGGAUCUAAAUCUCCCCCUGUUAGGAAAGGUACCUCUAGACCCAAGGAUAGCACGUAGCUGUGACGAGGGCAAGUCUUUCCUAAGUGAAGUCCCCGACUCUCCUGCUGCCAGAGCCUACCAGAUAAUUGUGCAGAGUAUUAAGGACUACUGUUCCAACCGUGUGACAGAGGAGCAGAGCGCCACCUGAACCCACUCGGAUGCCGGCCAUGUGAUGAGAGUGUGGUAGAGAUGAUAAACUACUGAAUAAGAAACACAUAUAGGAAAGCUAAUAUCAUUAACAAUGCAACAUUCACCAAAGCCUGCCAGAAUGAUCUCAAUGUCUUCAUUUCAAGUCAUGACAGGCAGCAGCUUGCAUACCACUUUGGUGAACUGGAGACAUUGGAGUGCAGUGGUUUAUUCUACAGUGGCCGGCCAAUACAGCUUUGAUGAUGAUGAUAAUGAUCCUUUCAUUUCAAUUUAAUAAGGAGUAGUUCCACGGUGUGAUAAGCAUUUAAUAAGCAAUACAUUCUGUAAAAACGUAACUUGAAACCUUAAAGCUGAGAAGACCAAAACCAGCGCAGCAUUACACAGUCUCAGUACUCUUAGCGUUACACAGACUCUAUGUGCCUCUAAGUGACAAGUCUGUUGGUUCAUACUGAAAAUGGAAAUCUUUAAUAACGCUACAGCAAAUAGGCACUGUAGUUUUUACUAAACAUUACUGAAACAGGAGUAAACAGUGCUUUUGUUGGGGACUAUUUUCAGCUGUAGAUUAAUACACAUUUGGUAUCUGAGUGAGUAGUCAUAGCAGCAGGACCCAGUGUAUGUAUCAUCAUAACAAUGCAACAUGUCUUCCAGUGUUACAAUGUGGCUCUAUUCUACUUUUUAAUCAUUUAGGACAACAGUGCUGCUCUAGAGGAAGCUAUAUGAGGCUUUGGAUACGCAGGCAAUACUUCAAUCAAUUCAUCGUUGUGUAAGACUUUUCAUGGAAUGUGUUGAGAUUAAGAAAAAUACAGACUAUCACCAGAUUUAUUUUUUUAUGGUAAAAGUGUUAAAUUAGACUGUUGCGCCCUAAGAUCCUGAAUAUAUACUGUUGUUGUGGAAAUAUAUUCCUGGAAGGAUUAUAAGUAAAGAAUAAAACAAUUUUCUGCCCUUUCAAUUGUUACUUCCGUUAGCAGAUGAAAAGAGGUAGAGACACUCCCAUUGUUGUGUGGUAGGGGAGAACAUAUUUGGGGAAGUUAAAUCUAUUAUCAUAUAGUAAAUAAGGCAUUUAACCAUUUCCCCCAAGGAUAUUUUGAAUGGUGUUUGUGUAUCCACUGGUGCUCACUGUCCCUGGUUACAGUGGGUCAGUAAGUAUGGAGAGAAAGUCAAAUCAGUGGGAUAUAAACUCAGUUGAUCAAGUCAUACAAAGCACUGUAUCAUCAGCAAAGUAUAAGAUUUCAACUUCUCAUUUGAUUUGUUUUUGUCAUUGAUUGAUUGUAGAGCCAUGGUUGGAUGGUUUGCUUUGUUUUCAGCACAUGUCUAGUGAAUGUAAAAAUGUGAAUUCAAAUAAUAAUCCAUAAAAGCUGCAGGCAAAAUGUACCAA